UUAUCGCAUAUCGAUACUUGUUUGUCUUAGUCGAUGAAAGGAAAGAAAAGCUGAACCUCCUGAAACGUCAGGGUCUCAGCAAGUACAAGAAAAAGACCACCCGUCUCGGCCUGUGAUUACUACGCACUCAUCUUGUGUACUCUACUCUACGUGCGGACAAAAGGUAAUUCCGCAGGCGACUUCGCACACACAUAGCGCAAGCCAGCGGCGACUGGCGAGGCGAGGUUGCUCCGGUUGACUUGUGCUGAACUUCAAAAGGAAAAUUUAAGCAAACUAUGUCUGGAAUAGCUCUUGGAAGACUUGGGGAAGAAAGAAAAGCUUGGCGAAAAGAUCAUCCAUUUGGAUUUGUGGCCAAACCAACAAAGAACCCCGAUGGCACGUUGAAUCUGUUGAACUGGGAGUGUAGGAUUCCGGGGAAAAAAGGAACUCCAUGGGAAGGUGGAUUGUAUAUGUUGCGAAUGCUCUUCAAAGAUGAUUACCCUAGUUCCCCUCCAAAAUGCAAGUUUGAGCCACCUCUGUUCCACCCAAAUGUCUAUCCAUCUGGCACUGUGUGCCUCUCCCUGUUGGACGAAGAAAAAGACUGGAGACCAGCUGUCACAAUAAAACAGAUCCUUCUGGGAAUCCAAGAACUUCUCAACGAACCAAACAUCAAGGAUCCAGCACAGGCAGAAGCUUACACAAUUUACUGUCAAAACCGGGCAGAGUAUGAGAGAAGAGUACGUGAACAAGCGUCUAGAUUCCGGGACCCAAACAAGUGAAAUGUUCCUCAGGCUAUACUCCGUGGGUUGGGAGGGUGAUGAUGGCACUGGGCAUUUUUUGGGCAAUGUUUAUUUUCACAGCUCUCAGCUGUGCGUAGCAGCAAAAACAGUAAUUAUAUACACUGACUACUGUAUCCAUUAUGUCUACAACAAUGUGUAAGUCUUACUCUGCCGUUGGUGUACAUGUGUGUGCGUGAGUGUGUGUGUGUGUGUGUGUGAAUUGCUGUCGCCUGGUUAUCGAUGGUGUGUUUGUAUUAUUAUGCUCCAACUGUGGAACUGGAAGAAAUAGGUCAACUCGUCUGUGGGUGGUUGGCGGGUGCUCUGGUGUGGUUUGCUCCUUCCUUCCUAUAAAAAAUCUAUUGUUGUUGCAAGUGCUGUAAAACUCUUACUAAAACUUUAAAAAUCUUUGGCACUUAUAUGACUUUGUUGUGUUGCAAGUGCUGUAAAACUCUUACUAAAAACUUUUGAAAAAUCUUCAGCACUUAUAGAUCUAUGGCCUCAUUGUGUUGCAAGUGCCGUAAAACUCUUACUAAAACUAAAACUAAGGACAGUCACACGGCUGGAGCAUAACACCAUGGGUAUGAAUUUCGAGUGUGUGUGUGUGUAUUGGUGUGUUCUUUGCUGUUCGAUCGGCGAGUCGGACCGGAUCAUUCAUGAUGUAUGUUUGCCUUCAGAAUCAGCACAUUGAUGGUCAUCCUUCCUGAAACAAUGUCCGAAAGGUCUUUUGGUAAUAGAACCGGUGUGUAUGUGUGUGUGUGUGAUCAUGUGUUAUUUGCUUCAAAUGUCCACAGUCGCAUUCAUUUAUCAAAAAAAAAUAUUGUAACCAUCAUCUCCCGUCAUAUCGGUUAUAUGUUGUUCUUGUCAUUAAAGAGUCAAGUGAACUCAGUAA